CAGAACGAUCGACAUCCGGUGUAUACUUCCUGAUUUCGUUUUCUUUCUAUUUUUUCUUGUUUGGAACAAUGUCAAUAAAUUACAGCAAGUGGGAUCACAUAGAGGUUUCUGAUGAUGAGGAUGACACACAUCCAAACAUUGACACGGGCAGUUUGUUCAGAUGGAGACACCAGGCUCGAGUAGAGAGAAUGGAACAGCAGAAGAAGAAAAAGGAGGAACUUCUGCAAGCAAAACAGAGCUACCAAACAAGGAAAAAUGACAUGAAGCAAAAAAUAAAGGAAGCAGAGAGCAAACCUGCUGACAUGGAGAAAUUAAAAAUCGAACUCUCAGAACUCGAGCUUCAAGAAAAAGAGUUCUUAAAAAAAGAAGAAGAUCUUAAGAAGGAGGAAAAGCUUACUCCAUGGAAUAUUGAUACAAUUUGUCACGAAGGAAUGUCUAGGACGAUAAUCAAUAAACCAAAACCAGCACCCAAACCAGAAACUGACGAAGAUAAGGCUGAAAAACAGCGAACAUUCACAAAUAAGUACAAAGACCAGAUAAAGAAGUACGGCAUGAUGCGACGUUACGAAGACAGUCAGCAGUACUUGACCGAUAAUCCACACCUCGUGUGUGACGAGACCUGCAAUUACCUUGUUCUGUGGUGCGUUGACCUUGUCAUUGAGGAGAAAAAAGACUUGAUGGAGCAUGUCUCUCACCAAGUAAUUGUGAUGCAGUUUAUUCUUGAACUAGCCAAGUCACUGGAACGAGAUCCGCGCAGUUGUGUUGCAGCAUUUUUCUCAAGAAUCAAGCUGGGAGAGAAACAGUAUAUGGAUGCAUUUAACGAUGAACUGACUGCCUUCAGAGAACGAGUUGAAACAAGAGCACAAGCUAGGAUAGAUGAAGCUGUCAGAGAAUAUGAAGAGGAGGAAAGAAAGAAGAGACUGGGACCUGGUGGAUUGGAUCCAGUAGAAGUUCUUGAGUCAUUGCCUGAUUGUCUAAAAGCAUGUUUUGAAAGUAAAGAUCUGGAGCUGUUGAAAAAGACAAUUGUAGAAUUACCCAAAGAGGAGGCAGAGCGCCACAUGAAAAGGUGCAUUGAUUCUGGGCUGUGGGUGCCAAAUGCUGCAGACCUUGAAAGUGAUGCGACAACAAAGGAUGCAAAUGGUGUGGAGGAGGAAGUAUAUGAUGAAAUUGACUGAAGUGAGGUGUUGAAGGAACCUUUCGUUAAAGUUCUGUUUCAUAACCAAGGUCGCCAGCUUCAAAGACCAGCUUUGUAACAUUGGCCUAGCCUGUUUUGUUGUAAGAUGGUGUCAGUGAUUUCUACUCCCUGGUAGUUUUUUUUUCACUCAUCCAGCUACGUUAAAGAGAAAUGGCAAUAUUCUGCCAUUGACAAUUGGAUGUUGUUCUUGUGAAGUGCAGUUACAGACUAAGAUAGCUUUGUGUACUAGACCAUUUAAACAAUUUCCUAUCUUGAGUAAAUACAUUUUAGUCCUGUGUGUAUUAAAAGGUCUUGAUAUUAAAACUAAUCAAGUUCAUCGACAAAACAUAUUUCCAAGGAAGCUAGUAAAGCUAAUCAACGUUUAAGUUAGUCAGGCACAAUAACCAUUGUAUUUUGCUACUCGAUGCAUAUUUAUUCAUUGGAUAUAGUUUGUAUCAAGCAUAGGCUACAAAUCCUGGAAUGUUGUCCAUGAACAUAAACUUAAAUAGUUAUUGGCUCCUAUAGAGGUAUUAUAUGAUGGAUGUAUGGUUACUGAAUCAAUGAAUGUUUGUGACAAAAUUUUAAUUUUAUUUAUAUUGUUAAUGUGAUAUAAAUUGAAAAGCGUAGAAUUAUGUUCAUUAAUCCCAGUUAAAAUUUCUAGGAUGUUUUGGCUUAAUUCCAAUUCUUCUUGUUAACAGAGUUGACCACUGCAUUUGUUAACUACCGUUUAUGAAAUGUCUCAUUGCAUCUUGAAAUUCUGUUAAUAGUUUGCUUCCAAGACUGAAUAUUCAGGUGGGAUAGUUAAAUAGUGUAGUGGCAAGUUCAAAUUGUUUAACAAUAGUAGAUGUCUCAUUGUUGUGUUUUGUUAAAGUUAUUGUGUCACAAGAUAUUUUAUUUAUUCAAAUUCAGUUCAUGGUUUAUUAUGAUCUGAAGCUUGUAGCUUUUGAAUUCUUUAAAAGUAUGAAAUUGGCAUCAUUAAAGCUGGAAUUGGAAUAGGGCUAUCCCAGAAUUGAUGAAAUGUAUGGCAAUUUUUGUAAAUACUAAUCACUAAAUAUAACAUAUGCACUAUGCACAAGAACUGCAGUAGCUUCACCAGAUAUACAAAUAAAAUAUUGACGUACCAUCUGCACUUAUACCAACCAUGACCAAUAAUGGAAUAGCUCUGAAGUGCAGUUUGAAUCAUAUUUUAAAAUGAUAUUGUUUAAGGAACAUUUCCUAAAUGUUUUAACCCUUUGACCUAUGGGUCAAUAAUAUGAUAAUAGUUUUUAAAAUACACAAAUGUAAGUAACAUUUUUUUUUUUUCACUUUGAAAACAGAUUAACAGAUGUAAGAUUUAAGCAGUGUGUCCAUUAAUCAAAAUGCUUGCAUUUACCGAGAGGCAAAAGAAAGUCAAAAGAAAGUCGAGAAAAUAAAAGUAUAUGUAUAAAUAUGUAAAUGUGUAUUUCAACACAUAAUAAGCCAAGCCACUUGGAAGGUUUUUACAGAUGCUUCACUGUAUACCAUGCAAGACAUUUGUUGUUGAUCUGUAUUAUAUCUUUGUAAUAAUGAAUUGUACCAUGUUUUGAAUAAAUAUUCUGGAAAUUUU